ACAGAGCUAAAAAUCCAACCAGCUGACGCUUCUUUGUAUACAAACACUGAACUGACAGUUCAUACAUUGCGCCAAGAAUUUUCAUGUUUCGAUGGCUUUCAUUGGUCAAGAAAUCAUGACGUCAUUUGCUACGCGUAUCUUCAUUGGUUGAAUGUAUUAAUGAACCGGGGGAGUUACUCUAUUUAGGUCAUUCAUUUGACAGUUGGCACUUAAAAAAACAAAAACUGGGAUAAAGCUAAAUAAAAUCUGUAAAGCUGUUCUAUACCCAUUAGCGUGCAUCGUCAAUUUCUUGCAGAUUUCUUCACUCCACCCCCUUUGGUUGCCCCCCGGGUGUCCCUCAAAAAGAACUUGACCCUACUGUACUACAAUCUACCUCUCCCCACAUAAAUUCGGCAAUAGGGUGAUAAACUGGCAUUGCUGGGCACUAUUUUUAAUUUGCCAUGGGGUAGAUAUUGAAGAAUCUAGGGGUCCAAAGCCUAGGGCCCAAAAUUCAGUGCUGAAGUGUACAAUCCAGAGUGUACUCUGUUUAACAAAUAAAUCUGGGGCAUUUUGAUCGCGGGAGGGUUUUUUAGUUGUUAUAUUCUGGAAUGUUCUGGCAUUCGUACAUGGACUCAGGUAUAUUAUCUGGUAAGAGUGUCUCCCCCCAACAUGGUUAUGCAUCUAAUUAACCUUGGUAACUAAUCACGCACCUGCCAGAAAAUAGUUCUAUUGAUUUUGUUCUAUUUGUAUUUUUGAUAUGAUUUAAUAAAACACAGUCAUUUAAAAAUGUAACGAAUUGUCAAUAUUGACACACAAAUAACAAUGAGAGAUGAUUAAAAAACAACAUAAAAGUGAUAAACACAAUAUUGUUUAUUAUAAAAAUAGUCCUUUAAAGGACGCGGAUUAAUUUAAAACAUAAAGAUAGUGACCGCAGUGUCAAAAAUAAACACUGCAAUCCUGCUUAUUUUUUCCUUUUUUCUUCUAUUUGUUUGAGCAAACACACAAAAUGGAUACAUUGGUACAGUAAGGAGUCGUUCGGGAACGUUUAUGGGCCACCAGACGGCUUCCAGCAACAGUCUAGACCGUGUAAACGGGGAGCGACAAGUGGGGACUCGUGGAUUGGCUUGUAUAAAGAACUACAGCCAUGAGGUUGCACAGUGGAGUAGAUAACACCCAGUUGAUGGUGAUGCUCCAAGAUGCUUUAGUGAAAGAGACACAAAUAUGGAAGCCUUUACAGUAUGAACCUGUUAAGAAUAAGGAUGUGGAAAUUGGCUCAGAGGAGCGAGACGAGGCCACUAGAUGGCUUGGAAGGUUAACAGAACAGUUCCACAUGCACCCAGAGACAAUGGCCCUGGCGGUCACAGUGCUCGACAGGUUCUUGCAUUCAGUAAAGGCACGUCCUAAGUAUCUUAGAUGCAUUACUCUCACAUGCUUCUACCUAGCAGCCAAAUCCACUGAAGAAGAUGAAAUUAUACCAGGAACAGAUGAGCUGGUACGGGAAAGUGGAUGUGCGUGCAGCGUCGUUGACGUACUACGUAUGGAGAGAAUUAUCCUCGACAAACUCUCCUGGGAUCUCCGGAGCAUAACAUCUCUGGAUUUCCUCCACAUUUUCCAUGCUCUGCUGAUGUCCAGGUGUCCCCACUUGUUAGAUUCUAUGCGAAAUAUGACUGCAUCCCGCCAACUCAGUAUACUUACUCGCAAGUUGGAACGAUGCAUCGCAUUUCACGAGAUUCUAGCUUACAGACCCGCCACGGUGGCGCUGGCGUUGCUGAGUCUUGAGCUGGAACUAUUCGUACCUGAAUGGUUCCGAAUGACGAUAGCCCUUCAGAAAACUAUACAGGUUAAUAAUCAUGAUUUGAUCCACUGUCGAGAGAUAAUGACUCAUCAUCUAUCUUUGUACCCUCGUCUUCACGUAGCAUACAUCCAUAACAAAACUAGCAAACGCAAGGUUGAGGAGAUAGAAGUCGAUGAUGAUGAAGACAUUUAUGAUAGCAUAAAACGACUUUAUAAUGAAGAUGACAACUCCUCUUCAGUCAUUACUGUUGUCUCCGGCAGUUAACCAAUCAAAUUGCAUAUUUGAUUAGCCAAUCAAAUUGACUGUUACAGGUACAUUUUUUUGAUUGGCCAUUUGUAUUUAGCAAUGGACCAAUCAGAUUAUAGCUAAGGAGAGUUCAGCCAAUCAGGUAUUGCAGAGCAAUGCCAAAGUGACCUCAUUUGAAUCUGAGCUUUAAUGUAAUGUUUUAGUUAAAUCCAAGUUUUAUUGGAAUGAACCAAUCACAUUAUAAUGCUUUCACAUUGGUCAGGCAUCAAAAAACAUAAUGGACAGUUUAGUCAGUUUGAUUGACCAAUCAAAUGAUUUCAUUUAGAUUGGAUAAAGGAGUGGCAAAAGUUUAUUUAAGAUUUCGAUUUAUUGGAUUUGUGCCAUGGGAAUAAAUAUUUAAGAUUAGUCAAGUCUUGGUUUCCCUGUUAUAAAUAGAAAUCCUGCAAAUGUAGCUUCUGCAUUUAUAAUUUCAGCGGUGUCAUAGACGAACAAAAAAUAAUUAUCUAGGGCUUUUAAUUGUUACUCAUUGUUACAUAUA